AUGCUUUUCCAGUCAUUAUUUCUAUCGAUUUGCCUCUUUAUCUCCAACAGCAGCUCUGCUCCACACCCUUACACCUCUGGUGCACUGAUUCCAUCUACCAGUGGUACCAAGUCGACCGAGAUUGCCGUUCGUGAUCUUUCCACGAAAGAUGUACUUUGUUGGUAUGGUACUGUACCACCGCCUGUGAACUGGUGCACCUACGUAUACGAGAUACUUCAAGAUGUCGAAGCUUUCAACUUUUACGUCUGCGAUAGAAAUCUCGAUGCCAAUGCAAAGGUGUUGGUCCAGCUUGGUUUAAGCUUCAACAUUGAUACCAAAAUCGAUACCCGACAAACACCAUUAGUGCACAAUAUCUCAGUACGAAUAACCAAUGAUCCUGAGAGUAACUACCCUUCCUCCGUUUGGUACAAGACCUGGUUUACUCUUCCAACUAUAACCUCGAAAGCGCCGGAUGGGCGAAUCAUUGGUUGGCAAGCAUUUGAAGAUUGCGAGACAACUUUGGUAAGUAAACUCUGAUGUUUAGUUCUAUUGUAACCGUGGCAUUACUUCCAAGUCGCAUCUUAGAUAGCCCUCAAACCUGCACAAACAGUUUCCCUUCACUUAAGCAAACAAACUAACUUAUUGGGCUUCCAGGGAAACAGAUACGCAGGUGUACCAUUCUAUUAA